AAAUAUCUCCCAAAUUCCCCAACACCCCACGACUUGGUAACCCUAUUCAACUUCCCCAUCAAUUCGAUUCCCCAUCGCCGAGCUCCCCCCUCCCAACCCUAGCGCCAGAUCCGCCCGCCCCCGCGCGCGCGAAGCCAUGGCGGAGACCAUCGACAUGUCGCUCGACGACAUCAUCAAGAACAACAAGAAGGGCAACUCCUCCUCCGGCGGGGGCGGCCGCCGCCUCGAGGGCCGCCGUGGAUCUGCCGCUGGCGGCAGCGGCGCGGCCUCCGCCGCCUCCGCUGUCGGAGGCGUCGGCCCCAACAGGCGCGCCUUCAAGAGGUCGGGGAACAGGGCGGCGCCCUACCAGCCGCCGAAGGCCCCGGAAUCGGCGUGGCAGCACGACAUGUACUCGGACGCCUCUGCCAGAGGCGGCGGCGGCGGGAGGGUCUCGGCUAUCGAGACCGGCACCAAGCUCUUCAUCACCAAUUUGGACUUCGGCGUCUCGACCGAGGACCUCAAGGAGCUUUUCUCCGAGCUGGGUGAUCUGAAGCGAUGCUCGAUUAACUUUGACCGAAGUGGGCGGUCUAAGGGAACAGCUGAAGUUAUAUUUGCAAGGCGUGGUGAUGCUGUUGCAGCGAUAAAGAAAUAUAACAAUGUCCAACUUGAUGGCAAGCCUAUGAAAAUAGAGAUACUUGGGACUAACACUCCUACAGCUCCAGCUGCACUACCAACCAAUAAUGGAAGCUAUGCUAGGAAUGUUGCUAAGAGUGCACCAAGGGGUGUCUCAGCUAGUUUGCCACAGAACAGGCCCCGUGCAAGGGGUGGGAGGGGUCGUGGUGGUGGCGGCGGCGGAGGCAGUGGAUCUGGCGGUCGUCGUGGGAAAGAGCGUAGUCAGCCAAGGUCUGCUGAAGAACUUGAUGCUGAGUUGGAGAAGUACCAUGCCCAGGGUGCGGCGCCGAUGCAGACCAACGAAUAAGUCGACAUCUUUGCAGUGUUGAUAUUUUCAACAUGAAAUUUGAAGGAUGCCCCUACGUUCCUGCUUUUUGUGCUACUAUGUUCAAGGGACAACAAAACCUUUUACUUGUCAGGUUCUUGGCUUACUGAAUUGUAUGGGUUAUGUGUCUACAUAGAACUAGAGUUGAGUGGAUACCAGUGAACACUACUGUUAUGAACAUUACUUGAUUGCCUUUAGUUUCUGCCUUCCUUGAGGAACGCAAGGACUAAGGACCACCCAAGUUGCUCCGCAUGUGAAAGUUAUUGAAGAUGUAUGAGGUGCUCACAUUCCUUUGCUA